AGCCCAUUAGACAUAGCCACAGGGAUACGCCCGCAGCCGCCGUGGCAAAGGUUUUAGGGGUAAGCAGAGAGGACUCCCGGCGGCGGCGCGAAGCGGAGAGAGAGAGAGGGGCAGAGAGAUGUCGAAGCGAGCUGGUCCCCCGAAGCACCAGAACACCUACGCAUGGAAGCCCAACCUCGGCCGGAAGAUCAACGAGACCGAGCCCGGGGGCAGGUUCCGGCCUCUGUCGGAGAUCACCGGCGUCUGCCAGCGCUGCCGGGACCAAAUCGACUGGAAGCGCAAAUACGGCAAGUACAAGCCAAUUGUUGAGCCUGCAAAAUGCCAGAAGUGCAGUAAAAGAAACGUCCGGCAGGCAUACCACAACGUCUGCACUGGUUGCUCCAAGGAGCUUGGGAUUUGUGCCAAGUGCUGCACCUCUGUUAAGCAGCUUGUUGGAAGGGAUGCUGAGGAAGCAAACAGUGAGCGCAAAGAACUAGAGGAGGCCAUCAGAUAUGCUAGGGAGAGGGAACGACGGACACUUCUUCGCCUUAUGAACAAAAACAAGGAUGAGAGCGGGCCAUCAGUCCCAAAGAUUGCGGACCGAGAUCGGGAAGGCGACCUUUUCCCUGUUGCAUCCCUGGACGAAUAUGCUGAACAGGCUGUACAGAAGGAUGAGUCUGAUGAAGAAGAUGCCAGGGAUUUUGUGAAAGAUUAACUUGGCAAGGUUUGGCACUGUAUAAGGAUAUUUAGUUUUGUGCACAGACGCUCUUUCCAGGUGUUCCAACUCACCGGAGAAAUGCUGAUACUUGUUUUACCAGAUAUAUAUAUUUCUGUUUAUCAGAUCUUAUUUUGACCAGUGA